AUGCCUAAAAACAAAGGAAAAGGAGGUAAAAACAGACGAAGAGGCAAGAAUGAAAACGAAUCCGAGAAAAGAGAACUGAUCUUCAAAGAGGAUGGGCAAGAAUAUGCACAAGUAGUAAAAAUGCUUGGAAACGGUCGUUUAGAAGCUCAAUGCUUUGACGGUGAGAAAAGGUUAGCACAUAUUCGUGGUAAGCUACGGAAAAAGGUGUGGAUCAAUCAAGGUGAUAUCAUCUUGAUUUCUCUCCGCGAUUACCAAGAUGCCAAAGCCGAUGUUAUUCUAAAAUAUACAACUGAAGAAGCAAGAAAUUUGAAAGCUUAUGGUGAAUUACCAGAAAAUGCUAAAAUCAACGAAACUGAUACAUUUGGUCCAGAAGAUGAAGAAUGUAAUUUCGAAUUCGACAUCGACGAGGAUUAUCUUGUAUUCUCUUCAGGAAAUCAUUUAGAUUCUGUCAUAUCAAAAGUACAUAUUAUGAACCUACAAUUUAAUCAAUGGCCUUUAGAACAACUUCAUUAA